AUGGCCCGUUUUGAUCAGUUGGAGGUACGGGUGGAUAACUUGGAGUUGCCGCACAACCGGGAUGUGGAUCCCGCGGAUGAUGGUUGGGAUUCGGAGGAUCGCGAGUAUGCGGAAUAUAGGGACUUCGACGGGGUACAACGGGCCGCGAACCCUCGCCAACGUUUCCUAGGGCGCCGCGACAUGAGAGGCGCGAGAGGCGGCCGCCGCGGUGGCUUUGGGGGCCGCGACGAGCCUUGGAGAAGGGGUCACUGGCAGCCGGAUGGUGGGUACGAUACCAGAAUGGUGCCGUAUCAGCCUCGCCGCCUUUCGAGUUGGGACCCGCCAGCGGCAAGGCAGCGGGGAGGGCGUGAUCACCGCCGCCUCGCAUCGUGCUGGGACCCGCCAACCGUAAGGGAUAGGGCCCAAUACUCAUAUGGGUCGGACGCGCAUCACGGGGUCAAAAUGCGUGCCCCCCACUUCGACGGGUCAGACGCGAAGAACUGGAUUUCACGGGUGGAGUACUACUUUGAUCAUAUUAUGAUGCCGGAGGAAGACCGUUUACACUAUGCGGUAAUGCUCUUUGAUCCCCCGGCCGCAGAAUGGAUAUUUAAUUACCGAAAUAACAACCAAUACGUCACGUGGCCUGAGUUUCUGGAGGAUGUGCGACACAGAUUUGAUCCGCAGAGCUUCAGAAAUUAUAUCGGUCCUCUAGCCAAAUUGGUUCAGACGGGGUCUGUGGCGGAGUAUCAUGACACGUUCGAGAAGUAUCUAAAUCGGGUUGAAGGUGUACCGGACUACAUAUUAAUCCCGGUAUUCAUCGAAGGCCUUAAAAUGCCUAUUCAGGAGAAGGUGGAGCUGCAACAGCCGCAGACAUUGGCCGAAGCUAUGGCAUUGGCCUUACGGCUAGCGGCCAACCAAGACCAUCGGUACCAGCAAGCUUCGACGUCGUCGCAAAAGCGACAGUGGCCCCCGAAGGACAGCCGCCAGCAGAACUUUCCUGCUCCGCCGCCGAGCGGCCCUGCCCACGGAGCGAAGCCGAACCAGCCAGCCCCAGAGCUGGAACGCCCUCGCGUAACGCCGAUUCGAGUGUCCAAUGCCGAGAAAUCGGAACGCUCGCGGAAGGGCCUUUGCUGGCAUUGCCCCGAGAAAUACACGCCGGGCCACGUGUGUACAACGAGGUUGUUAUGUUAUGUGGGGGAUCCCGAGUGGGAGGAAUCGGGCCAGACCCCGGAUGUUCUAUCUCCCGACGAGGAGUUGAUUACGGAGGAUAUUUCUCACCUCCACUCGCUUACGGGAGGAAAUCGCUCGGUACCUUUUCAGGUGGUAGGGGAAAUAGGGGUCACCAAGGUGCGAAUUUUGAUUGAUACAGGCAGUACACACAAUUUCCUCCAUUCCCGGUUCGCGGAGACAUUACGGUUGCAGUUAUACCGCAUUCGACCCUUCCGGGUGUACGUCGGGAAUGGGGCAUCGAUCAUAUGCUCCCACAUUUCGAGGCGGACUAAACUUUUGAUACAAGGAACAGAGUUUUUGCCAGAUUUGCACAUCCUCGAUGUGCACGGAUGGGAUGUGAUACUCGGCAUGGACUGGCUGGAGUCUUUAGGCCGGAUCUCGGCAGAUUUCGUGGGGAAAACGUUGGAGUUUCGGAGGGAUGGCCAUCCGGUGACGAUACAGGGAAGGCGGCCGGGCCCUCAGGCCAUUUCGCUGCACUCGCUCUCCUUACUGGCGUCGUCCUCGACAUCUCACGAGUUUUAUGAGAUCAUCGCACUGCCAGCGGACGAAGAGGCAGCGCCUGGCGCAGCCGCUGAGCUGGACUUCCCGGCAGACCUGCCGGAGGCAUGCCAACGGAUCCUCGGGGCUCACAAAGGGGUGUUUGAUGUGCCAUGCGGAAUCCCCCCACCGCGGGCGUUCGAUCACAGGAUUCAUUUACUCCCGGGCUCGAAACCGGUCAAUGUCAGGCCAUACCGCUACCCAUACUUUCAGAAAACCGAGAUUGAACGACAGGUUAAGGAGAUGUUGUCGCAGGGCAUAAUUCAACGAAGUCAAAGUCCUUUCUCAUCCCCGGUCCUACUGAUUCGAAAAAAGGACGGAACUUUUCGUUUCUGCAUCGACUAUCGUGCCUUGAAUUUAGCAACGGUGCCGGAUCACUUCCCCAUCCCCACGGCGGAUGAGCUGUUCGAGGAAUUGGGUAGGGCGAAGUUUUUCACAAAACUCGACUUGCGCUCCGGGUACCAUCAAAUCAGGAUGCACGAAUCAGAUAUUUUUAAGACGGCUUUCCGCACACAUGACGGGCAUUUCGAAUUUUUGGUGAUGCCUUUUGGCCUGACCAACGCCCCAUCCACCUUUCAAGCAGCGAUGAACACUAUUUUCCAGCCCCUCCUGCGCCGGCACGUCAUCGUUUUUUUUCGAUGA